AUGGACAUUACUGACUUAUUGAAUUACGGGAAUUUUCUUGAUCUAUCAGCUGAAUCCCAAGCACACCUCGUCGCCCUACUUCCUCCUACAGCUUUUCAAACCUUUCUUCCCUCGAUAUCGCCGACUCACGUUGAUUUUCCGAUUUUCCGAUCGACUCAUUCAACGUCUGCUGACGUUGAUGUACUGCAAAUGGACUCAGACACUCCUUCGCAGGCUGGCCCUUCAGCUCAUCAUGGAUAUGGGUCUAUAUUUCUGUCGCACGAAGCCACAGAACACAGUUCUGCGACAUUGGACCCUCUUGUGUUCAACUCUCCAUUUUUCCUCUCUGCCUCGCGCACAUUUCAGGAUCAUCUUUUCUCCGGCUGGUUUGCAAAGAAGGCACAAGAUGACCUCGAGCGAUACCAGCAAGGUAUAUCAGAUGGCAGUAUGCAUGCGGACUGGAAAGAUGAAGCCUGGGCUCGUGAUCAUCCGCCAGCAAAGCUAAUAGGAACUCGGGCCACCGACUUGACCGAUCUGGUGAAGCACGGCCUCCUGAAACAGGGCGAUAUCCUGGCUUAUAGACGCGAGUUUCCUUUGCUCAAACUUGUGGUCGAAAAGGAUCUUUUGAUCGACACGAUCUAUCCACGCACGAAUACUCUUAGCAUACUUCUUUCGGCAGGAAGCGAGCGCCGCCUGCAUCCGACCCUGCUUGUAGCAGAGGGCGGUGAAAUAGGUCCCGGAGAACGUAUACGCACAAUUGACGCUAUUGCUGAUCCACUUGCUCUCGAGACUGGCAUUUUGGACGUGGACGGGCGAGUGAGCCGCGCAGACAGGUACUUCACCGACGACGGAAACUUGCACAUGCAUAUGAACUCGUCAAGUGCUAGUAACUCGACGAGUUUGGGAGCGACUGAAGUUACAAGUGCUUCUCGAGCGUGGAAGGCCUUUGUUGUUUGGCGGUGGCGAGAGGAAAUGCGCAAUAACAUUGAGAUGCAGGCGCUGCAGGAGAGAGGUGGUCGAGAGAGGGCCGGAACAUUAUUUUAUCUCAGGGCAUAUUGUCAUGACUGA